AUGGAAUACAAACACCCCUCCAGUCAGGAGGGCCCGCCACUAUUCAUAGACAAUGGUGUCAAGAACAACAAUAUCGAUGAGACGCAUUCUGAAUUGGUCGAUUCUCUGAAUCGCCUGACUCUGGCGACAGAGUCUCCAUUGCCUUCAUCGCCUCGUCUCUCUCCUGUUCCAUCCUAUCUUCCCCCUAUAUCUGUUCAACCCACUCGACCUGUACCUGCUAUUCCUCUACAGCCCACCCAACCUGUCUCUUUACAGUCAGGUCAAUCUGUUGAGACUGUUUCGUUACAAUCAAAGCAACCUGUGCAAUCUGUCUCACAAACAGCUGGUUCUGUCUCUGAUCGAGAGGAACGACGCAAGUCAAUUGCACCACUCCAAAAGCGCAAGUCCACUGCGUCUCUUCGUUCCGUAUCGCAACCGCUCAAAUCUUCUUCUCCAACUCCUGAUCCUUUACGCCGCACAUCAUUCACCUCUGCGGGGUCUCAACCCAUCGCAACAUCACCCGCGAUGCACCCCGCACGCCUUGUCUUUAGCCCGGCCCCAGAAGCUCCAAUUCCGACUGCUUCGUCUAUCGCCGCUGAGCACUUCUCCAAGGAGUUUGCAUUACACCAAUCUGGUAAUGUCAACACUAAAACUGCUGUUGUUGUUCACGACGACUGCUAUGGCCAUCGUUACUCCCAACUUGAAGCAUCAAAGCGAACUCUCGAGAGAAUUGUCGAAAGACCAGAGCGCAUCCGCGCCUGCGCUGUGGGCAUCUCUGCAGCUUAUGUUCUCCUCGGCUCUCGAUAUGCGGCAGAUAUCGCAUCAAAACUAAGUUCGAGCUUCAACGAGAUUGAUGCCCCUUUUCAAAUUAUCAAGACCGAUCGCAAGGUGCAUCUGUCUAGUCCUGCUGUUACGGAUGUUCAUGGUACCCAAUGGAUGUCAGAAUUGAAAUGGAUGGGGGAUCUUGCAGAGUCGCGACUCAUCAUGGAUGGAAACGAACUUGCUAGACAACGGACAGAAGAAGACGACAGCCUCGGGACAAGUGGUCCCGCCCUGAAUGCCAACGACCUCUACUUAUGCUCGGAGUCUGUGAAUGCCUUCCAAGGAGCCCUGGGGGGCGUCUGCGAGGGAGUGGAUCUUGUUUUCAAGUCUGGUCCAAUCCAGCGUGCAUUCGUCUGCAUUCGACCUCCCGGUCACCAUUGUUCAGCUAACUUCCCAUCCGGCUUUUGCUGGAUCAACAACGUUCAUGUCGGAAUUUCCCAUGCAGCUACAACCCACGGUCUCACCCACGCUGCGAUCCUUGACUUCGAUCUUCACCAUGGCGAUGGGUCUCAGGACAUCGCAUACGAUCAUAACUCCAAAUUACUCAACAAAACACAAAAGGCCGACUUGGCCAGAGCCGAUGCCACGAAAUUCAAGGAAUAUGAAGACGCACCCCUAUAUACCAAAGCAGCAAUUGGCUACUACAGCUUGCAUGAUGUGAACUCCUUCCCUUGCGAGAAUGGCGAGCGUGACAAAGUCAUGGGUGCCAGCCUGUGCGUCGAAGCACACAAUCAGUCCAUCUGGAACAUUCAUCUCCAACAGUGGGCCGAUCUUGAUGAGUUCUGGAAAUUGUACGAGACCAAAUACAACGCAUUACUCACCAAAGCCCGCUCAUUUCUUCGCGAGCGCACGACAGAACUCAACCAAGAACGAAAGGAGAACCCGAAUGCUCCACUUCCCAAAGCGGCAAUCUUUAUCUCUGCUGGGUUUGAUGCCAGCGAGUGGGAAGGCAAUGGCAUGCAACGCCACAGCGUGAAGGUGCCAACUGAGUUCUACGCCAAGUUCACUGCGGAUGUCAUCUGCAUGUCACAAGAGGAAGGCCUCGGGGUGGAAGGGCGCGUCAUUAGCGUUCUCGAGGGCGGCUACAGUGACCGCGCGUUGUCCUCUGGUGUGCUCAGCCAUCUGUCAGGUCUGAGUGAGAACUCAGAGUUCAAAAGUGAGUGGUGGUCUCAGGAUAAUCUGAGAGAAUUGGAUGCCAUCAUGGCUCCAACACCCAGCAAAGGGCGCAAAAAGAGUGCCGCCACCUACCUGACAGCCACCAAGUCCUUUGCAGCAAAGGUUGUCGCCCCCGGAAGAGACCGCAGGUCCACCGGGGACCUCGAUGCCAACAUCGUCGCCGCCCCUUUGCCGGAAGUGAGCUGGGCGGUGGCCACCGGGGAGCUCUCGAAGCUCAUUAUUCCCGAUGGCCGCCAGACCCUGAGCUGCCGGCCGGCGGAGCUGAACCGCCAGCGACGAGAGCAGAGCGCUCAGGAUGGGGGUCUCGGCCUCAUCCUCCCCGCCGAGAAGGGGCGCCAGCUGCGCGCGCGCAAGCCCAAGGAGCCAACCCCCGUGCCCACCACCCCUCGCCCUGCCACCCCACGACGCCAGGCCCGCAAGGGCCUGAAAACCCCAAAGACUACCACUGCGGCCACGACCCUCCCUGCUGCCGCGCGCGAGGCCUCCCCGUCUGUGGGUGCCUCCCGUCGGAAGAGCACCAGUAUGACGCGCGCGGAAACUCCACACCGGGGUGUCAGCCCCUUGAACCUUCCCCCAGUCCCACAGAUUCCAACUUCCGUGGGGGGAGUCAAGGGCGGCCCCCGGAUAAUUCUCAACAUGCCGUCGCGGGAGCCCGGUCGUGGCCGCAAGUUGUCCGGCGGUGCGGUUGACCACCACCGCCGUGGUCAAAGCUCAAAGUCCCCCAAGAAGGGGAAGAAGAAGCGUGGGAGUAACUCCGGCGGAAGCUCGGCUGCUUCCGCCGGCAGUUCUCCUGUGAUCACGGCAAAGGAUGCCGUGAUGGAGGAUGCUUAA